GGUACCCCUACUCUCAGAAUAAUGUUCAAAUUUUAUUUAAUCACCAAACACCAUGCUCUAUUGAUGUGCGUAUCCGCAGCUGUAUCCCUUCUAGACUCUGAGUUCUCGGUGGUGUCUCCCUCUGCCGGCUCAGCCGCUCAUUACCGCUAUCAAACAUGUUAGCCGCUGUGCACCUUUAAAUGUCCAGAUUUCCUCUCGUCCGCAGCUUUAGUGGCUCUCAAGAGAUUAUCAAAGCCCUGACAGGCUUUAGAAGCUCUAAAGAUCACAAUUAUCUCGCGAUUUGUAGUGAUUAUCUCAAAUCUCACGAGACCUGCGCUUUUGUUGACGAUCUCCAGGAAACGCAAAGCUCCGGUUGCACCUUUUCCGCUUUAACAGGAAAGACGAAGACGUUUCACUUUGUGGAAACCUCUUUCUUGAUCAUUUAUACUACUUCUCGCUUUCAGUUUCCUCCACUUCCAGGAAAUAGCGACCUGCAGAGUUUGUAUACCACUUGUGGAGCCGCUCUGAGGCCUGUGUGUGGCGCAUUAUGUCCGCGUGAAAGCAUAAGAGUCGUAUUUGUUAGCAUUUGAAGCUGAUUCGGAUCUUGAAUUGAGUGUAAACCGUAGUGCAAACAUGCCGGGCGCGCGCGAGAUUGGGUUGGUGGGUGCCGCGCUCGCGUUCACUGGCGGCGUCGCGUGCGCGCUCUGCUACCUGACGCAGAAAACAACACAACAAGAGCCAAAGAAAAAACCCAAAGAAGAGCCCAAAGAGAAACCAGAACACGAGCAUAAAGCCAGCAAGACUGAAACUGCACGAAAAACGCCCUUAAUAACAGAGCCCAGGACUGCAGGCACUCAGGUGUUGGUUUUGGGUCUGGACGGAGCAGGAAAGACAAGCUUACUGCACUGUUUCGCUACAGGCAGCCUGGAGCAGGACGUCAGUCCGACUCAAGGCUUCAACGCCGUCUCCAUCAACAAAGAAGAGCUGCAGAUCGAGUUCUUAGAGAUCGGAGGUUCAGAGAAGCUGCGUGAGUACUGGCGGAUGUAUCUGAGUAAAGCUCGUGUGCUGGUGUUCGUGGUGGACUCGUCUGAUCCGGAGCGAUUCCCCCUGGCCAAACAUCACCUGCAGCAGCUCCUGUCUGCGGACCCCGGCCUGCCGCUAGUGCUGCUCGCUAACAAACAGAAUUCUAAACUCAAUUUAGAGAUGUAGAUUCAAUGCCCAUAACUAUGAAAGCCAAGAGAGCUCGUGUCCCAUUCACACGGGGCUUCAGCGUCAACGCUUGACUGAAGGCGUGUCUGAAGUUGAGGCUAACGCGAUCGU